GGGGAAACCGAGGGGAGUGACGAGUUAGAAGGCUAGCCAUCGUGUAAAUUGAAUAUGGAUUUUAGAUAUAAAUGAUGAUCUUGUAUUUGGAGAUUUUAUUGGAGAUUUAUGAUAUCAAAGAGAUUUUAUAAUUUGAUCUUCAGAUUUUGAUGAUGGCUCCAAAACGGCGUGGGCGCCCUCCGAGGGGUAGCCAUAAGGAUCAGGGCACGCCUCCGAUCCCAGAAGCUAGUCCCCCCACCCAAGUUGCUCCGCAGGAGGGAGGGACGAGCAAUCCUCAAGUGGCCAGCUUUGUUCAGGAACUUAUGGCGGAGAUAAGACGCCAAGUAUCUCCUGCCACAAGUGUACCACCUCCAUCCCCGGUGGUCUCCACUCCUGUGGCCUAUGCUCCGGUUUCCCCUGUUCCUAUCUCUUCUGCUCCUGCUGUGCCUACCUGGAAGAUUUAUACAGAAUUCCAGAAGUUGAUGAUGAACAAGGGAUUCGAUGGUACUGCAGGUUUUGAGCAGGUGGAAUCAUGGAUUACCGAGGUGGAGCGGGGAUUCCACCUACUACAUGUUUCUGAUGACCUUAAGGUCAAUGUAGGCACCUACAUGCUUACUGGGAAGGCAUUAACUUGGUGGGAGAGUUAUCGGAAGCUGCACCAGGGAGAGCCUGAAUUGAGCACCUGGGAUGGUUUUAAGAAGGUGUUCAUGCGGGAGUACAUACCGGACAGCAAAAGGCGAGAACUGCAAAGAGAAUUUGCAGAUUUAAAGCAAGGGUCAAGUACUGUUGAGCAGUACAAGGAGGAGUUUGACCGCUAUCUACCUUUUGUGGGUAGCCAAGUCGGCGACGAGCAAGCCAAGGCCGACAAAUUUCUGUGGGGCUUAAAUUCUGACAUUUAUUUGGCGGUAAACCAAUUUAAACCCGCCACUUAUCGAGAGGCUGUGGAUAGAGCCAUAGAUCAGGAGAAGGCUAUGGCUAGAGUCAAGCCCUCAGGGCAGCCUAGUGGUGGGUCAUCCCUUGGGAAGAGGAAAUUUGAGGGGAGCCGUCGGUCCCUUUUCUUUGCACCGCCUAAGUCUGAAAUCAGCAAGGGUUCUAAAUGGUCAGGAGCCACUAAGACAGUGAGUCAGGCAUCAUCGCCCCAGCGUGCUCGCCCUACUCAGCUUGUUUGCCAUGUUUGUGGGAAGGUCAGGCACACCCGAGAUCAAUGCCACAUUGCUACUGGGGCUUGCUUCAAAUGUGGCAAGCAGGGACACCGGAUUGCAAAUUGUCCACUGCUAGACCCCAAGGCCCAGAGUACUCAGCCUACCUCUCUGCAAAGUUCUACUAGUCAGGGGGCGCAGAAACAGAGUACUGGGGUUCGGACAAGAGCCCAACAGGCGAGAGUGCAAAUGAUGACUCACAAGGAAGCUGCGGCUACCGACAUAAUCACGGGUACCUUGCCUGUUAACUCUGAUUAUGCGCAUGUUUUAUUUGAUUCGGGUGCGUCGCACUCUUUUAUUGCUCGAUCUUAUGUUUUGAAACGAGCCUUGCCUGUUGAUACCCCUGAUUGUGAACUACAUGUGGACACCCCUUUAGGAGGGGUGAUGACUACUAGGGAGGUGUGUAGAACUGUAGAUAUUUAUAUUGAUGGUAGACAGUUGAGUGCUAGUCUGUUUGUUUUAGAUAUCUCCGACUUUGAUAUCAUUUUGGGAAUGGAUUGGCUGUCAAAACACUUUGCCUCAAUAGACUGUCAUCGGAAAUGGGCUCAGAAAUAUCUUGUAAAUGGUUGCCAGGGCUUCCUAGUCUCUGUUACUGAUGCUAGUAGUGUGACAUCGAGAGUAGAAGACAUACCGGUAGUGCAUGAGUUUUCGGAUGUAUUUUCGGAGGAUCUCCCAUGUUUACCUCCGGAUAAAGAGGUUGAAUUUGCUAUUGACCUUGUUCCUGGCAUCGGACCGGUUUCCAAAGCACCAUACCGUAUGGCUCCUGCAGAAUUGAAGGAGUUAAAAGUCCAACUGGAGGAACUCCUUGAGAAAGGGUUUAUACGCCCUAGUGUAUCACCUUGGGGAGCUCCAGUGUUGUUUGUCAAGAAGAAGGAUGGGAGCAUGAGGCUAUGCAUUGAUUACCGGGAAUUGAAUAAGGUGACUGUGAAGAACCGGUAUCCCCUUCCUAGAAUUGACGACUUGUUUGACCAGCUCAAGGGUGCUCAGGUAUUUUCUAAGAUUGAUCUUCGAUCUGGCUACCACCAGGUGAAGAUUAAGCCGGAUGAUGUGCCAAAGACUGCCUUUCGCACCCGUUAUGGUCAUUAUGAGUUCAUAGUCAUGCCAUUUGGCUUGACAAAUGCCUCUGCCAGAUUUAUGGAUUUGAUGAAUCGGGUGUUUAGCAAGUACCUAGACCAGUUUGUGGUUGUCUUUAUUGACGACAUUUUGGUCUACUCUUCUAGCCAUGCUCUUCAUGAAAAGCACUUGAGGACAGUCCUCGAGACGUUGAGAAGGGAGAGGCUGUUUGCUAAAUUCAAGAAGUGUGAAUUUUGGCUAGACAAUGUUGCAUUCCUAGGUCACGUGGUGACUAAGGAUGGAAUCUCUGUUGACCCCCAGAAAAUUGAGGCCGUGGUUGAUUGGAAGAGGCUAAAUAGUGUUGCAGAAAUCCGUAGUUUUCUGGGAUUGGCUGGUUAUUACCGCCGAUUUGUGGGGGAUUUCUCUAGAAUUGCUCUGCCCAUGACUCAUCUUAUCAGAAAGGACACCAAGUUUGAGUGGACCCCAGAGUGUGAGAAGAGCUUUUUAACCUUGAAGGAGAAGUUGGUCACUGCUCCUUUAAAGCCUUAUGAAGAAAAUUACCCUACCCAUGAUCUGGAGUUGGUAGCCGUGGUAUUUACACUCAAGAUCUGAAGGCAUUAUCUGUAUGUCGAAGUGAACCCAGCCAUUUUCCAGCGUCCCCACCUGCAAAAUUGGUAAGAGAACUUGAUGAUUUUUGUUCUCCUCUUGCCCAAGAACAAGUCUAGGACUUAGAACUUCUCUCUUUUGCAGAGAAGCCGUUGGAUCUGCUCUGCCUCCUCCCCCUUUUGCCGCCGGCUGCUGUUGGUUUUCCUGGUAAAAUCAGCCAUAAACUCCUCCUUUCAGC